CACAUAGCCGUCUAGUCACCGAUCAGAUCAGAUCCGCACAUCUCGACACACGUCGGUCUCGACUGAAUGCCCCGAUAUCCUCGUACGCGCCGCUGCCUGCUGUCACUGCUCUGGUCACAGUGAGCAGAGCCCGGCACGUGUCCAUCCGGCGGGGAGGGGCCUCGAUGAGGCGGGCAUCCCCACACGCGAGCAACUCUCGCCAUGGACCCAGCAGCAGCAGAUGCCAGUCGCCGCCAUGACGGUCGCGGAGAACAUGAUGAGGCGGGCGAGGACGAGGAAGAGCAACAACACAUCACGCGCCCGAGAGAGCUGCCUGCCGACCUGCCGCGCUCCCUAGACGAUCGAAAGAGCUACAGCUAUGAACCACCGCAAGAGACUGAAUACUACGAUGCAUGGCAGGGCCAAUCGCAGUUUUUGACUGCGCCCACAAUCGCAAAACCCUUCAAUCUGUCCCUCAACGAUCCCGAUGAUGCCUUUGAUCGAGACUUCGGCGAUGACGAUGCUCGCAUUGCAGCCAUGAUGGCCUCGCAGGCCCCACGCCAGAGCGAUGCAUUGGAGAGUCAGGAGGAUGACAUCCUCCAGGACGAGAAACUCACACGAGAGAAGAAGGCGCAGGCGCUGCAGGACUUUCUCUUCAUGGCUGCCAGCAACGAUGAUGUGUCGAGGGUGCAUAGGCUUGUACGGGGUCCUGCAUCGCAAUACGUGGAGAUAGAUGGCGUCGAUGCCGAAGGGACACCACCACUCGUGUACGCAAGUUGCUUUGGACAUAGGGAUGUCGUACAGACUCUAUUGGAUGCAGGUGCAACUGUUGACAAUCAAGACAAGAACCAAUGGACGGCACUCAUGUGGGCCAUCACAAACUCCCACAAGGAUAUUGCCAAACUUCUCCUCGAUCACGGCGCAUCGACUGAUGUGAAAUCGUCUAGUGGAAGGACGCCUCUCGACUUCGUGCCUCCUGGCGGAGAAAUGUCAGACUUCCUCCAGGGUAGUGGCUAUAGCAUUGGCACAGUCGGAGUGACGGAAGACUUCUACAAUGCCGGCUUCUCGCAAGAUCGGUUUGAAGAAGAGCUCGCAGAGAGCGAGCAAAGGCGACGCAUGAUGAUGGAAAGUGCAAUUAAUCUGGAAGUCGAUCUUGGAAACUUAGGUCUGGACGAGACUCCCGAAUCGCCCGAAGACUUUGAAGACGGCGAGGAGUUCGAUUGGACGCGAUGUCUUAACGACCAGAUGUUUGUGUUUGUCGAAAAUGACAUUGAGCGUAUCCUUGAUGUGGUAAUCACGAAGAUGACACCACAAAGAUCUGCAACACAGAAACCGGUGCCUGCGAAUGUUGUCUUCUUGGGUGCGCGAUACGCCCACUACCACUCCAGCGCUGAGCUGCUGACAGAAUGGCUCGCUACUGCUCAGGACAAAAUAUAUGAUAUCGUGGAUCGCAAUCAGUGGGAUAUGACCAUGCUUGCUUUCUGGCUGUCGAAUGCUACACUGCUCCUAUACUACCUCAAGAAGGACACCGGACUGACGGAAGCCACCACGCAAUUCCAAGCACAGAUGGCGGAGUUGGUCCACGAGAUCUAUAUUCUCAUUAUACGCGAUGCUGAAAGGAGAAUGGACAAGGUACUUGACGCUGCCAUGCUCGAUCACGAAACGAUACCGGGUUUCGAAGAUAUCACCUUCCAGAACGAAUGGAAAUUCCUCAAGAAGAAGAGUACUGUUAAGCCUGAACCGAUGGAAAAGAGGUUCCGACCACCAUCGCCCAAGCGUAAAGCCCAGGUUUCGCCCCGGAACAUCACUUCGCUCUUGUCAUCUACACUCUUUGUCCUCGAUUUGUACGACGUGCACUCUGUCAUCGCGGCACAGAUACUGUCGCAACUUUACUACUGGCUGGGUGCAGAGAUUUUCAACCGAAUAAUGUCGAACAAGCGCUAUCUCGCCCGCACCAAAGCAAUGCAAAUCCGCAUGAACAUCUCGAUGCUCGAAGAUUGGGCACGCACCAACAACAGACAGCCUGAGCACUAUACGAAUGGUGAAACAACGGCCACCGGUGAAGCGACAGUAGAGACCGCACGACGUCAUUUGGGACCUGUCGUGCAGUUGUUGCAAUGGCUACAGUGCUUCUCGUCGAUGGGCGAGGAUCGCGACGGCAUGGAGACGACGCUACAGCAGCUACCGAAUCUGUCUGUAAAGCAGCUACUGCACGCUGUCAAGCAUUAUCGCGCAGAGGUUGGAGAGAAAACUCUAACACGACCGGCGUUGCGACAUAUUCAGGAGGUCAAAAGCAGGCCCAAGCCCAUCCACCCUGCCCUUGCUCCCGGCGCAAACAACGACAAAGAUCUUCCCCCAACACCCGCUACACCGACUUCGAAGCAAAAUGGUACCCCUGCUUCUCCCAUCGCGCCAGGCACUCCUGUCUACGACAACGAGGAUGAUGUACCUGAAAGCAACCUGAUGAAUCCAGCACUGUUGCUUCCCUUCCAUCUACCGACGUCAACGGACAUGCUAGUAUCGUAUGGAGCAGGCUUUGGUGGGGUUAACAAGGAGAGAGAGAGGAGAUACAUACCUUCAGUGCCGCCGGAAUUCCUGUCGAAACUUGAUCCAGGUGGGGGGCGGAAUCUGUAUGAGGGAGUAGACCUGGGAAACGAUAGCUCGUAGGAAGGCGUUGUCCAGACCAGAGUAAUGUGGCAUCUGAGGAAUGUGAGGCGCGGUAGGCGCGGACACGGCAUAUCAAACAUCGGAGCAUAAGAUCAGUCGAGCAAAUCAUGACAAUUGGUGGUGCAUAUGCGUCCACAUCAUUUAUUCCCUCGAUGCACUGUAUGCAUUUACACGCCAUUUCCGCAUUCAGGAGAUGUUGAAUAUUCCGGAAGACCGC